CUGGAUGAUGUUUCUUGGGACGUCCAGCACCCGAGAAAGCAUAAUCAUCGAACCCCACACAGAUUCCCGCGGAAAAUGGCUCUCUCGCGGUCAACUACGAGACGUUUUGUCAGCAAUUCUCCCACUCCCGGACCCUGCCCGAUGGCCGGCUUGGUUUUCUCGCCUCCUCCUCUCGACGCUGAGACGAGCGGGCUGGUCGAUGUCUGCUUCCUCGUCUCGUUGUGAGCCUGAAAGUAGAGAUCCGGUGUGGUUUUAGGCUGUGUUGCCGUGCACCCAUCCCUGUCCAUCGCAUGUCCCGUCCAGAAUGCUCCGUGCUGCAUGGGCCGGAGGCUGAUCAAAUGCCUUCAAGCAUGGACAUUAAUAUUGACACCAUCAUCAUCGGGAACGGGCCGUCUGCCAUGAUCCUUUCAUAUAUCUUGCAUGGCCAUAUCCCCGUGUAUGCGCCUGAUCUUCCGCAUCCCGAUCAUCUGCUGCACUCGAAGCUGAAGGCUGCUCCCCAGCUGCUGGAUGCCGAUGUGCCUUCUCUGACGGAACAUUUUGCGGCGUCGCGCCUCUCCUAUUCCACCCAGGCUCUCCCCGUCAACGUUUUGCUGGACACCCUGGUGCGACCCAGUGCGGACGUCGAGGAAGGAGAAUGCGUUACGAACCUCCGAUGGCGAUACGAGCCCGAUAACGCAGUGCCGCAUCUGGUUUUUGGCAAUGCCCCCCAACCCGGCGGCCAGUGGACGAAUGAUCCAGUGGCUCGGAGCUGGGAUAUUCAGACCCUGAGCUACGCGACCAUGUUGUCGCUGCCUGGCUACUCUUAUGCUGAACACUAUCGCAAGGUCACCGGGAAGGAUCUCCAGGCCUUUAGUCGACCGACGAGGCGGGAAUUCGCCGACUACCUUCGAGCAUAUCCGGAGGCAGUGCAUAUCGACCAUGUCUUCCACUCCAGCCAGAAUCUUACCGGGAUUGCGAGAACGGAAAACGGUUUCUACAUUCGCUCUCACAGAAUCCACUGUAAAAACCUAGUUCUUGCCAGUGGUAUCUUUUCUGACGCGCUGCCGCCGCCUCCCCUUCUACAGCCUUUGGUACCGCUGCAGCAUAACCCCCAGGUUCCUCUACUAGUCAUUGGAUCUGGAUUCUCGGCUGCCGAUGCCAUCAUCUCUACAUCCCCAGAACAGAAAAUCAUCCACAUGUUCAGAUGGGAUUCCGAAUCCAGGCCUUCUCCCCUUCGUGGCUGUCACCAACAGGCAUACCCUGAAUACGCCGGUAUCUACCGCAUCAUGAAACGUGCUGCAUUCGCCGCACAACCUCAGAUGAAUCAACGUCGCUAUAAUCGACAGAAAACAUCGAUGCCGUUUCUGAGAUCUCGGAACUGGGACGAGGUCUACGAGGGGCUCCCCAACGCCGAGAUACUCUCAGUUGAUGAUGCGAACCAAGGACAAGAAGUUAUCGUCACAUUCCGACUGAUGGACGGCACGACGUUUACCCGUCCAGUCUGUGGCCUUGUAUACGCAGUCGGGCGACGAGGCAGUCUGCGCUACCUGGACGAUUCUCUACUAUCGGAAGUCCUCGAAGGAACACCGAACGAGCAUCGAACAGAAAUAGACCCCAUGGUUUCCGGACAAACUCUCCGUAAUAAAGCUCUUGACGAUCUCCAAGUCGCACGGGAUGUUUUCAUCAUCGGCAGUUUAACAGGAGACUCGCUUGUCCGGUUCGCCUACGGGGGAUGCGUGUAUGUCGCAGGGAAGCUGGUUCGCGCGUUCACCAGCAAGUACCAGGGUACGAGUGGAUGUGGCAGCUGCAGUAGCAGCGGUGGGUUAUCAACAUCAGCAUUGACGCCUAAACCACCCAUCUCGAUCAUGAACGGCAUGGAUGGCCACCAUCCCAUUCCUUGGGAACGAGGGAACGUCCAUGAGGAUGAGAACUACCGUGUUAUUUCAUCCGUCGCGGAUAAGAGAAUCCUGCCUAGCUGGUGGAGGUCAUUUGUGAGAGUCUGGAGGUGGGAUUGAUUGCGACACAGUGGUUAUAUAGAAAGCUGAUCCGUUGCAUCUGUGUUUUCGCGAGAGGGAAUUAAUACUGUACUGUAGGUCUGAGAGUGACCAUUUUGUCUAUAUAAAGAGCCUUUGCUACGGGACAUGAUCUGUUCAUG